AUGACUGCCAGUGAAUCAUCGGGACGAAUCCUGCUGCUGGGGGCCAGUGGGGUGGGCAAGCACAGGCUGCUGCAGUCGAUCAGGGGGCAGGAGACCGUGCGGCAGCCUGACGCCACGUACCCGUGGCGCCUGGACAACAAGUACUACACAGCCGAUGUGCAGUUUGACGUGCGGCAUGUCGAUCAGUGUGCAGAGCUGGAGCUGGAGUCUGCGGGCUACGAGGCGGUGGUCAUAGUGUUCGAUGCCGGGCGGCAGGCCAGCUUCGACAGCGUGCAGCGAUGGUAUGAGGCGGCGGGUGGCGGCGAGGCGGAGCUGGGCGUGCAGCUGGCUGUCGGCACGAGGGAAGAUGGCCUGCCGCGCAGCACAAAAGGCGAGCCGGCCAAGCCCAGCUGGCUGGUUGCAGCAGAGAAGUGGUGCACGGAGCAGCUUGUGGAGUAUGUGGAGACGUGGAGCACAACAGAGCGGCAGCAGCAGCCUGCACAAGAGGCGGCAUCCUCGGGUCAGGGCAGCGAGGGGGCCAGCGGCGUGCAGCGCAUCAGGGAGGCACUGGAGGCGCACAUGUGGCCGGGCCUGCGCCUGAAGCCCAACCCGCGCCAUGGCGUUGCAGCGGCCGCAGAAUCGCUGUCGCAAGAAGCAUCGGACGCGGAAGUCGAGGAGGCAGAGCCCGCCCCAGCCACAAAUGGGGUGCGCUCUGGCGGCAGCAGCAGCAGCCCGCGCGCAGCCCAGGACUUGAGUUUCACUGACUACCUGCGGGAUCCAGACGAGGCGGUGGCGGCAGCGGGCAUCGCCGGCGGACAGCCCACAGGAGGGGAGGGGUUUGGGGUGGAGGAGAUGGAGCAAAUGGAGCAGCUGCUGGCGCAGAUCACAAGCCACCGCAGCCAGCUGUCUCAGCUGCCUGAUGUCCAGCGGCGCAAGGCGGCAACAGCAAUGCUUAUGCGGCUGAUGGAAGUUAUGGGCAUGGACGAGGAGGAGGAGGAGGAGGAAGAAGAGGAGGGCGAUCAGCAUGCUGGCAGCAGGGAGGAGUGA